CAUUAUGGGCCAAAGAUAAUUGUUUUUUCCACAUUAGCUAUCUUUAUUCUACUCUCCAAUUAUCAUAAGCUAGAGAAAUAAAAACCAAAGCUUCACUCCCAAGUUUGGCCUUUGAAACCCCUCCUUUAAGUUGAAAGAGACGAUGUUUCAAGUAGUAGACGACACUUUUCCUCAUUUCCCUUCAAAUUUCUCAACUUCCUUCGACCUUCAUUUCCUGCAUUGACUCAAUGCAUUUCCCUUCACCCCCCCCAAAAAAAGCCCCCUUUUUUAGCUCUCUCUGUGUGUAAAGUUUGCUCCUUUGGGUGGCUGGAUUAUAGCUUUUUCAGCUUAUUUGCUAAGGAUUUCAACUGAGAAGAACUUUCAGGUAUUCUCCAUUACCAUUUUGAAUCUUUAUCAGCCAUGAUGGGAUGUCAAUCGAGUAAAACCAAAGGGGGUAAUGCCGAAUCGAUAUCGCAAGUUAAACCGGAUUCUCAGUUAGAAGCUGAUUUGAGUUCGUACGAGGCUGCUUGUAGACAAGAUUCAACUCUGCAACAUUUCGAUGUGACUCUCCAGGAACAUACUAACAGUGUCAUCGGCACGCUUGCGGUCAGUUCGGGUGUUCAAUCGAUAUCCUUUAACACGCUCCAAGAGGUUACCUGUUGUCUUCUCGAAACAAAUCAGGCAGUAGUGAAAGUCAUUUUGGAAUGUCAAAGAGAUAUAUGGAACAAUUCAGAGUUAUUUUCUUUGGUUGAGGAAUACUUUGAGAACAGCAAGAAGACUUUAGAUUUUUGUACCAUGCUCGAGAAUUGCCUCAAACGAGCUCGGAAUGAUCAGUUGAUUAUUCAAUUGGCGGUUAAGUAUUUCGAUGAAGAGGUCGGGUUAGAAGUUGGGGUCAAUGAGAAGAAAUUCGUGAAGACCUUGGAAGAACUGAGGAGAUUUAAAGUAGCUGACAAGCCCUUCCCGAAGGAGUUCUUUGUACUGUUAGAUUUGGUCCGUAAGCAGCAAGAAUCGAUGCUAGGGAAGUUGCUAGUUCGGAAAAGGAAGCUUGAUAAGAAAUUAAAAUCUUUAAAAACAUGGAGGAGAGUGUCGAAUGUCUUGUUUGUAGCAACGUUUGUCUCCGUGUUGAUUUUUUCCGUGGUGGCAGCAGCCGUAUCUGCACCACCUGUUGUGACAGCUUUAGCAAGUGCAUUGACGGUUCCUAUCGGUUCGGUUGGAAAAUGGUGCACCUCUCUUUGGAAGCGGUACGAGAAAGAGGUGAAAGAGCAGAUGGGGUUAACAACCACAAUGGAGCUCUUUGCUCGCAUUACGAUUUAUGAUAUGGAUGACAUAAGGGUGCUCGUGACCAAUUUAGAGAUUAAAAUCGAGUCAUUAUUGAAGACUGCCAAUUUUGCACUCGGUGAAGAAGAUGCAUUGAAGCUUGCAAUGGAUGAAAUCAAGAAAAAGUUAGGAGAAUUUAUGGAAAUCAUCGAGAAAUUAGGUCAACAAGCCGAUAAGUGUAGCCAUGAUAUUAGGAUGGCCAGGGCAGUGAUUUUGCACCGGAUGAUGACACACUCUAGCACAUCAACAACCGGAGACAUGCCUUUGGAUCUCUAGCAACAAUGUACCAACCUCGCCAUCUUUGUCUUAUACCGAAUAUUUACGCUCUCGAGAUAAUGAAAUCCCGCAGCUACUCAUAAGGUGAAUAGUUAUAAAAAUGCCAAUUCUGAAACGGACCUGCCAGUCCAAUGUUAUAUACAAUGUUUUCGAUGAUAUCUAAUACAUGCUUGUUUCAUAGUAGGUGUUGUUGUUGUUGUACUUCACAUUGUAACGGUUUUAUGGAUAUUCCCGUAAGGCCGGUUUUGUUCGGACCGAUUUUCCGUUGAUGAACCGGAUCUCUUUGUUACCUUUAGCAAUAGAGUAAUUUGUGAAAGUUGAAAGAGUUAAUUGAAAGAA